AAUCUUAGAGCCAUUAUUCCAAAUUUCUUGUUGAUACUGUAAUGCUUUAUUAUAAUACUGUAAUGCUAUUUUAAGAUUUGCAUUUAAGUCAAUUUACAAAAAUUUAAGCCAGAUUUACACAUAGGUCGCUGCUAAUAACAGUGCGGCUAUCAGCUGUUUAAAUGCCGCUGUAUCAACAACAUUUAUAUUUUUAUAACUCACGCACGGGAACAAAAUGCUUGAUUUGACAACGCUCGACGUAGGAACGCUUAAGGUGGAUCAGAAAAAUGAUCAAAAGUUAAUAUCGGAAUCAAUGAGAUGUCGCUUGUGCCACUCACGGAUAAAAUCGACCACAGAUUCGCCGAAUAUUUACGAGGCGUCUGUUGACUUUGGCCACGAGGAAGAAGAAGAAGGAAGAACAGAAGAGGAAAAAGUCAUAAUUGCCGAUGUUUGCCAGACUGUUUAUGGUGUGAAAUAUGAGCGCCAUGAGUUCCUGCCGGAGCACAUUUGUAUGAACUGCCUGGAGAUAUUGAGGGACUUCUACGAGCAACGCCAAUACAUGCAGCAGCAUGAAUUGGAGCUGCAGCAGAACCUAAAGAAAAUAAUUGCUGUGGAUGCCAAGUAUCGACCCGGCCUCAACGGCAAUCCUGGCGAGUUUGCAUUCGGGGACGGCGAAGAAGGCUGCGUCAUUGUCGAUGUGGAUCCCGAGCAACUGUGCGAAACGAGUGAUGACGAAUUCCCAGGCUCCGAAGGUGAAGCUGAACUCGAUGACGAGGAUUGGGACGACGAGGAUGAGGAAGGAGGAACUGCACAAAAUGAAGAAACAGAGAUGCCUCUCGGCAUGGAUGCCGCCCAAAUGGCGAUGAUGCGGGUGCAUCAAACGGUCGACUCCAGUGUCCAAUUCAAUGCGCAUCCAAAGAGCGCCUUCCUCUGCCAGUACUGCGAUCUGGCCUUCACCCUACAGUCGGACUGCCAGCAGCAUGAAGUGGGCUCUCACGACGCCUCGGCGCCGUACAUUUGCAACUACUGUCAGGUGAGAUUGACGACACGUCCGGCAUUAAUUGCGCACAUCAAGGAGCUGCAUGAUGCCGAGCGUCCCUAUGUGUGCGCACUGUGCAGCAAGGGAUUCGUGCGACGUUCGGACUUGAAGAAGCACACAAUUGUGCAUACGGGCGUGCGUCCGUUCUCGUGCCACGUCUGCUCUAAGAGCUUCUCGCGCAACACCAACCUGACCAAGCACCUGCGCAUCCACAGCAGCGUGAAGCCGUUCGUUUGCCAGCAGUGUCCACGCUCAUUCCAGACACCGCUGGAGCUGCUGAAGCACACGCGCUCCCAUGCCGAAGUGAAACCAUUCCGGUGCGGUCGCUGCCCCGCCUCGUUCACCCGCAAGGACAAGCUAUUGAUGCAUCAGCAGGUGCAUCUGAAGCGCGACAUCGAGCAAAAGCAAAGUCAAAACCUGCGCAUAAAUAUGAUUAUGCCGGCAGAGCAGAUGCAAGUGCAGCUGCCACUCCAUCCGUACGUGGAGCCAGAUGCAUCGGCCCAACAGGCCUUACCGGCUAUACCAGCAUAUCCGUUUCAGCAGCAAACGCCUCCCGUGAUGCAGCCUAAGGUGAAACCAUCUCCGAAGGUAACGCGCAAUUUCCGCUGCGAUGUAUGCGAUCGGGGCUUCCAACGGGAGCGGGAUCUGCAGCGCCAUCGGGCCCUGCACAUGGACACACUAUUCGCCUGCAAGUUGUGCGGCCAGGGCUUUAAUCGGCGUGAGCAACUGCAGCGUCACGAGCUGGAGGCUCAUGGCCCCAGCUAUACAUGUGCCAUUUGCUGCAUCACUUUCCUGCAACAGGCGGAGCUGGAGACGCAUCUCAAAGUGCACGAGCUGCAGCACAGUGUGGCCAAAAGCAACCAGGAGGCUUUAAUAGCUGCCGCCGCUGUAGUACCGCUAGCUAAUCCCAUGGGCGAGCACACGGGUGCCCCAAUGCCAGCCAUCGUUCCAGAGCCCGUCCAGCUGCCCAAUGUACGGCCUUCCGCAGCCGAAAUGUCCUUCUAUAGCAACAUGAUACCUACCAUGAAUCUGGGCUUCUACAGCGAGACGCGUCCCGAAGAGCGCAACGGAGUUUAAUCCUAAGUUAAAAGAUUAUUAAUGCUAAUUGAGAAUAUCGUCUUGUAAUCGAUUCUAAUAAAAUGCUUCUGUUGUAAA